AGUUGUCGCAGAUUGAACGACGCGGCCGUUGCGACGGCGGAGAUGUAUCUGGUUCUACUUCCAUUGAUUACUAUUUUCUCCUCUAGGGUUAACUGGAAGUGGACAAAUGACGAUGACUUAGGAGGACAAUGCGACAAACGCGAUGUCGUUUGUGGAGUUUUUAAAUGGAGAAGAGAGAACGGUGUCGUUUUCCUUCAAAGAAGGGUAUAUAACUGGAGUGAUGGUAGGUUAGGGAGAAUUAGUUAGAAGGGAAGAUGGCGAGUUCGAAGACGAAAGUAAGCGAAGUGGAUGUAUCUCAAUUCGAUCACACUCCAUUUUACUGUGAGGAGAAUGUGUACUUUGUCUGCAAGAAACUGUGCCAGAAUGGAAUGGCAGAUGCUGAGGGAUCUGAUCUCUUUGUGGCUUUCAUUUCCAAUGAGAAGAAGCAGGUUCCUUUGUGGCAUCAAAAAGCUAGUAAGAGAGCAGAUGGAGUCAUCCUUUGGGAUUAUCAUGUUAUUUGCAUUCAGAGAAAAAGAGACGGUCAUUUAGUAUGGGAUUUAGAUUCGAGUCUUCCCUUUCCUUCUCCUUUGGCUUUAUAUGUAUCUGAAUCCAUCCGUCCAGAUUUUAAGCUCUUUUCUGACUACCAGAGGUUCUUUCGGGUCGUGCAUGCCCCAUUAUUCCUCCGUUACUUUGCAUCGGAUAGAAGACAUAUGAGAGAUUCUUCUGGGAACUGGAUAGCUCAACCUCCUGCUUACGAACCAAUAGUAGCUAAAGAUGGGACUCUGCACAACUUGAAUGAAUAUAAUGAGAUCAAGGCAUCUAAUGGGUCAGCGAAUGCAGGACUUGACUCGAUCAAAUUACUUUUCACUGAAAAACAUGGUGUGGUGAUAAGUGACAGUCAGCUGGAGGAAUUCUUUUCCAAAAUCUCUUGAUCUGCAGUGAAUUUCCAUAAGAUAAGGCUUGCAUGUGUGUGCGUUUCCCUCAAAUACAAUACCUGAACGGUACUUCUUCCAUGUUUGUGAGCGAAUGAAUCGCCGAAUUUUUGCAUUGUACAGUAUGAGGUAUUUCUGCUUAGUUUUAUGUGGCAGAAAUAUGAAUUGAAAUAUGCUUUUAUACAUACUGAGUCUGUGAGAAAAUCUCAAAUUGUAGUUAUUUGAAUUUGGUUUGAAUAUGUGGUUCUUAAUUUUCAUUCACCCUGUAUGGUUUAUGGCCACUCGCAUGCAUGUAUCUCAGAAGGACUCAUCUGAGAGAAUUUGGAGCCGAGUUCGACAUAUUAUAGCUCUGUGGAUAAGAAAUUUGCUUAUUUCUUAGGAAGGAUCAUGUGCGGCUGGUAAAGCUGUUGGGAACUUUCAUCUUCUUAUUUGUUACAAGGAAGAUUUGCUUCUUUUCCUGAAGGGUCUUUGCUUCCAGUAUUUGUUCAUUUCUUACAACUAUUUGUAGCAUUUUCAGUAUUGUGGUCCAGAGUCCUGAAGGCCAGAAUGAUGUCACUCAGUAUUGGUUACAGUUUAAAGCAUUUGAACUGCAAUUUAAUUA